AAUUGUUUAUUAUAACAUAUAAAUCGCGAUACGUUUCCACAGAUUUCUUACAGUUAAUGUUGAGAUAAAAGAAUGACUAAGAGUGACGUAAACGAUACGCAUCUACCGUCAAACAUGGCCGACAAGGCAAACACAAACAUGGAAGGCGAGGAGGAAAACGUGAGGUCUUUCGCUGAGAAAGUUAAGCCACAUGGUGAGGUUAAUCGAACGCUAAACAGCCAAAAGUCCACCGAAGCCGCGAAAGAAGCGGCUGACAGCCGAAGCAGCACCACGGAAUACUGCGAGAAGCUGCAGGCGUGGAUGUGGCAGUACUACAGCGGCUACGUGAGCUGGCAGAGCUGGCUGGCAGCUUCAGCCGUGUGCUGCACCACACCAUCCCUGGAUUUAAACACGUUCAACACUCCGUUUGCUUUAUUUCAUCCACCUGGCGUCACCACCGCGUCCUCAGCGGGCAGCCGGCCAGGUGACGCUGCUGGCGGGGCUGCGGUGCCGCUUCAACCGCAGCAGAGACCGCAGGAGAAUGGAAACGUGCAGAGACCAGGCCGGGAGUACAGCAUUCCUUCACUUCUCCAAAGACUCCUUGCAGAAAUGGUGGAUUUCUUCAUAUUGUUUUUCAUUAAAGCGACUAUCAUCAUCAGUAUCAUGCACCUUAGUGGAAUCAAGGAUGUUUCCAAGUUCGCUAUGCAUUUUAUUGUGGAAGAAAUCGAUGAGGACACGUCGAUGGAAGAACUGCAGAAGAUGAUGCUUGUUGCCCUUGUGUACCGGAUUUUAGUGUGUUUUUAUGAGAUUGUGUGCAUUUGGGGAGCAGGAGGAGCCACUCCAGGAAAAUUUCUCGUUGGCCUCAGAGUUGUUACAUGUGAUUCAUCAGUCCUGGUUCAGCCUAACAGGGUGCUUGUAGUUCCAGCAACUAAUGUCUCUUUGUCAGCGUCAACUGUUCGAGCCCUGAACAAAAACUUUUCAAUUGCCUUCUUUUUUCCCGCUUUCAUCACACUUUUGUUUUUCCAGCACAACAGGACUGUGUAUGACAUGGUAGCUGGUACUAUUGUUGUGAAACGCCCCAGGGUCAGAUGACCUGGAAGAAUAUGGGGAGAAGCUAACAAUUUUAAACAUAGUUAACAGUCAAAAAAAAAAAACAUGAACACAUCGCCUUUUCAAAGUAUGAUUGGGGCAGGCUGGAGCUUUAUCGCGUCAGAGUUUGAUGCACAUAAGUAUCAGUUAACAUCGUUCACCUCUUUGAAUCCUGGGCUUAUUCUGUGCCAAAUAUAUGUCUACUUGAAAGACAGAAAAAAAAAAUUUUAUACACCACUUUUUCAUAAACACAACAUAUGCCUCUGAUGUUUGCCUCCAGAUUAAAGAGAGAAUGUCUUGUCUACAUUAGUGUUUUUGGCUAUUUGGUUGCAGAUUAAUGUGUUCAUGAGAUUAUUCAUAAAGUAUUUCUUCGUAUUAAAGAAAAGUUGCUUCACAUUCUUAACUCUUGGUGUUAACCUCUCGCUGUAAGAGUGACACACCGUACUCACAUUUUUUUCACCUGGUGAAAUAAUGUUAUUUAAAAACCACUCUGACAGCAUGCAUCUGAAUGAAAAGCAAUUGUAUUUGCAUAUUUUAUUGCUGGAUUGUUUUUGCAUUUAAUGAGAUUAAAUGAAAACACUGCAUGUU